AAAAACAAUACUCUAUUUAUAAAUAUCAAAAUUUCGGCAAAAAAUAAAUAUUCAAAUCUUUAUUAAGAUUAAUAAGAAGCAGAUUUUUUAAUUUUUCAGAUUAAGAAGAAUAUCUAUUAAUAAUUUAGAUCAAAAAAUUUAUUAUUUAGCGAUAUUUCAAAUCAAUUCUAUUCUUAUUUUUUAGAGAAAAAGUUAAUUUUGAUUAAAAGCUAUAAUAAGUAUAAUAUAAUUGUCUAGAGGAAUCACAUAAAAAUGAAUUAAGAAUCAACUUCAAAAGUAUAAGCAUAAAUGGAAGAAGAAAUACCCACUGCUAAAUCAGUUGUUAAACAUACUUAAAGUCUGCUCAAAAAUUCGGUUCUGAGAUAAAAUUUAGCUGGUAAGAGCGAGCAAAGACUUAUUGUAAAGUAAAUCGUGCUUGAAAACUUUAAGAGUUAUUAAGGUAGAUAAGUUAUUGGUCCUUUCCAUAAAAGAUUUACUUCCGUUGUUGGGCCUAAUGGUAGUGGUAAAUCAAACUUGAUUGAGUCUCUUCUUUUCGUAUUUGGUAAAAAAGCUUCCUGGAUGCGUCUCAAAAAACUUGAAUAACUCAUUCAUAACUCUUCAAAGCAUUAAAAUGUUAAAAAAGCUUCUGUCGAAGUUACUUUCCAUGAAAUUAGAGAUAAAGAAGGCGAAGAAUAUGAAGUUAUUCCUGGAACUGAAUUCACUGUUAGAAGAACAGUUAAUAAAUCUAGUGUUUCAAAAUACGAGAUCAACGAUAAAGAAGUAUCUCAUGUAGAAGUUACUGAUACUCUUAAAUAGAAGGGUAUUGAUCUUACUAAUAACCGUUUCUUAAUUCUUUAAGGUGAAGUAGAGUAAAUUUCACUUAUGAAGCCUCGUUCUGGAGAUCCAGAAAAACCUGGUUUGCUUGAAUAUUUGGAAGAUAUUAUAGGUUCUAAUUAAUUCAAAGAAGAUAUUGAAAAGAAAGACGAAGAAUAUGAAGUCCUCUAGAAUGAAAGAAGAGAAAAGGGAGAAAGAAUGAGAAUACACGAAGCUGAUUUAGAAAAGCUAUAAGAAUCUAAGAAUUUAGCCAUCGAAUACAUUCGUAAUGAAAAACUAAGCUAUUAAAUGACAAAUAUUAUUGGAUAGAUCGAUCUUUUAAGAAGUAAAAAAGAUAUAGAAAAGUUUGAAACAAAGAUCAAAUAAAAUGAGCAAUAAAAUGUUGAAAUGAGAGAAAAAUUCAAAUAGUAAUUAAAGGAAAACGAACAAGUUAUCAAAGAAUAUAAGCAAAGCAAAGCUGAAAUAGAAAAAAAGGAUUAUGAAGUGUAAAAGUAUAAAGGUCAAUUAAAAAAAUUGAAUGAACGUGAUGAAUUAAUUAGACAAAAGUUAGUAUUAGAAACUGAAAACUAAACUAAAGCUGAGAAAUAACUUGAAGAUCUUCAAGAUGAAUAUAAAAAAGCUAUUCGUGAUUAAAAAGAAUAUCAAUCUGAAUUGCCAGAAAAGUAAGAUAGAUUAAGAAAAUUAUUGACUAAAAAAGAUGACGAAGAUGAAAAGCUUAGAGAAUUAAAAAGCAAAGUUAACAACGAAAACCAAAAGUUAGUUAAGGAAAAAAAAGAAAUGGAAAAAAAAUUAUAACCAAUUAAGGAGAAAAAACUUGAAGUUUAAUCGAAGAGAGACACACUUUAAAACAGGUUUACUUUGAUUUCUCAAGAUGCCACAGCUAUUUAAAAUGAAUAUGAAAAGAAUUAAAAUGAAUUAGAAAAAGCUAAAUAAUUAAUAGAAGAUUAGCAUACAUUGAUUAAAUAAAUUGCUUAAGCUAUUUAAGCCAUUGAAGCAGGAUAUGAAAAAUAAGAAGCUGAUAAUAAGGAAUGUAGGAUUAUUGAAGAAAAAAUUAUUAAAGCCAUUUCUGAAUGCAAACAAAAAAUUGAUUAAACAAAAUAAUCUAAUUAAGACUCUCAAACAAGAAAUAAGGUUUUAAACGAAUUAAUGAUAGCUUAACAAUAAGGAAAGCUUAGAGGUAUUUGUGGAAGAUUGGGUGAUUUAGCAGCUAUCAAUGAAGAAUAUGAUGUUGCCAUAACUACAGCAUGUGGUCAAUUAGACAAUAUUAUUGUAGAUAGAUAUGAUGAUGCUUAGAAUGCAGUCAAUUACUUGAGAAAGGAAAAAAUUGGUAAAGCUUAAUUUAUUGCUUUAGAUAAAAUAGAACAUAAUAGAUAAUAUAUGGAAAAAUAAUUCUAAUGUCCUAGAGGAUCAUAGAGAUUAUUUGAUUUAAUUUAAUUCAAAGAUUAGAAAUAUAAAGUUGCUUUUUACUUUGCUUUGAGAAAUACUUUGGUUUGUGAUAACAUUGAUCUUGCUACAGAAAUAGCUUAUGGUCAAUAAAGACAUAGAGUAGUCACUAAAAAAGGAGAAUUAAUUGAUGAUUCUGGUGUUAUGUCUGGUGGUGGUGCUGCUAGAAGAGGUGGUAUGGCCUCUCAAUUAAAAGUGGAGAUUUCUCCUGAGGAGGUUGAAAGAUAUCAAGCAGAAUAUAGCAGAAACUAAUAAGACUUAGAAUAAAUUAGAGAAACAAUUUAGAAUACAAAUAAGUAACUAAACACAUUUAUUUAGGAAAAGAUGUACUUGGUAAAGUAGCUCGAAGCUAAGAAGUUUGAUUAAUAAUUGUAGGAAGAUAAUGUAACCAGAUGCCAAAAUAGACUAAAAGCUCUUUAAAAGUAAAUGGACGAAUAAGAAUAGAAUGCAAAAGAAAGAUAAGUCAUCAAGUAGGAACUUGAAAAAUUUGAAAGUGAAUAUCAUGAAUAUGAUGGAUAAAUCAUGGAAUUAAAUAAAAAAAUAACCGAUAUUGAUGAGAAAAUUAACAAAUCAGGUGGCUAAGAACUUAAGCAAUAACAAGAAAUUUGCAAGAAUAUUUAAAAUUAAACCUUAGAGUUGCAAGCAGACGUCAACAAAAAAACUGCUAAAUUAAAAGACUUAGAAAAAACUUUAAAGAACAACGAAAGAGAAAAGAAUGAGACAUAGGAGAGAAUCAAAAAAAUAAAAGCUAGUAUUGAUCCAUUAAAAGAUUAGUAAUAAAAACUUGAAGAAGAUGCUGUUAAGGUAUUCAAAGAUUAACAAUAAGCUGAAUAGCAGUUAGCAAUGUUACAAGAGUAGCAAAAGCAAAGAGAUGAAUAAAAGGCUGGAAUUGAAAAAAUUAUUAAAGAUAUGAAGGAUGCUUUAGAGAAAUUAAAAAAAGAAAAAGAUGACUUUGAAGCUAAAAUUAACAAAGCAAAAGAAGAUUAGAACAGAAGUGAACAUGUUAUUGCCAAUAACAGAAAUACUUACAAAGAAAUUACUAAAUCAUAUGAUUUCUUACAAUUCAUUGAUGAAAUUGCUGGCUAUUAAAUUAAUGAGAGUGAGGAUAAGAAAUCUGAUGACCAAAAUAAUUUAGAUAAUAUUUCUAUCCUUGAAGAAUCUAUCAUGCAAUCUAUGAUGGAUGAAGAGAAAAACACUUAAGAUAAAGAGGAUGAUGAAGAAAUUCCAGAAAAUAAUGAUAAAUAAAAUAAAAAAAUUAGAUCAAGCAAAAACACUAAGAAAAUAAGUAGUAUUGAUGUUUAUGAUGAUAUUGGUUAAGAAUUGAUUGAAUAACUUGAAAAUCACAGAGAAUCAUUAAAAAUUGAAAAGGCUAAGGCUGAAGAAAAAUUAAAGAGCAUGACUAACGAUGCCAACAUCACUACUAUUACUGAAUUUAAAAAUAAGUACAUUGAAUUUAAGUCCAAAAAGGAAGAAUUUGAAAGAGUUAAAAAUAGAAUCUCAGAGCUUAAAGUAGAUAUUGAUCGUCUUAAAAAAGAAAGAUUUGAAAAAUUCAUGAGCGGCUUUAACCUUAUCUCAGCUAAGCUAAAAGAAACAUAUUAAACAUUAACAAAUGGUGGUGAUGCUGAACUUGAAUUAAUUGACUCUCUCGAUCCUUUCUCAGAUGGUGUUAAUUUCACAGUAAGACCUCCUAAAAAAUCUUGGAAAUAAAUCUCAAAGCUAUCAGGUGGUGAAAAGACUUUAAGUUCUCUUUCUUUAGUUUUUGCUUUGCAUUAUUACAAGCCAACUCCAUUAUACUUUAUGGAUGAAAUCGAUGCUGCCUUAGAUUUCAAGAAUGUAUCAAUUGUUGGUAAUUAUAUCCAAGAAAGAACUAAAAAUGCACAAUUCAUUAUUAUUUCCUUAAGAAAUAAUAUGUUUGAGCUUGCCAACAAAUUAGUUGGAGUCUACAAAACAUACGAUACUACUAAAACUAUUGCAAUCAUUCCUGAAUUAAUUUAUUAAAAAAUUCAACACUUGAAUGAUGAUAAGACUGACACUAAUUAAAACUAGAAUGAAGAUAAAGACAAUAAGAGCAACUGA